AUGUCAGAUCCCUUCAAGUGUCAGGGCGGACCUCCAUGCGAGAACUGCGUGAAAUACCAGACGGAAUGUCGGAGAGAGGAAGACAAAGAUGGUCGCCGACAGACAUCCCUGAAGCGAAAGCUUAUCGAACUUGAACAGGACCGCGAUCUUCUCGUGCGCCUACUCGACAUCAUUCGCGACGAUGAGGACGUAAAAGUCUCUCAACUCCUCAAUCUCAUUCGCAGCAAUGACGCGCCGGAUGAGAUUCGACCUUCGGUCGCAGAUGAAAGACAGCGGUCGAGACGCGGAAUCCGCCCCGAUACUGGCCAGGUUGUGAACAAGGACAUUUCGUCUGCGCAUGACGCUAUUGAAACGCGACCUCACCGCAAUGUAAUGGCAAUAAGGAGUCUCUGUGACACCCCAUAG